AUGGGAUAUCCCAAGUCUCGUAGAAGCCAUUCCUCUUCCUUGUUCUCCUUCCGGGAUCUCCCCGACGAGCUACAGCUGAUGGUCUUGCGGCACACCGGCCUGAGGGCACCCUACCAUCUUUGGACUGAACGUCUCGACCCAGCCAUCACCACCACCGAGCAUCCCGACCGUAGCAUCUCUACCCAGUGCGUCUAUAAUGUUGGCGUGACUGAGAAAGGUGGCUGCGUCAUGUGCUGCACAGGCGCCCACGCCCACUCGGCAUCGAACCCGGCUUGCCGCUGCUGGACCCUCUCUCUGGCGCCACUGCAAGUGGACCGCAAGAUGAGACGCAUGGCCGAGACCAUCUUAUACCAGGAAAACACAUGGGUCUUGGAUCUGCGUGCGUUUGUCGACCUCAGGCUCAACAACAGCAACGACCAGUUCCCGCCCUGCUAUGACGGCCUCCUGCAGCUCGCCAAGCAUUUGCAGAUCCGCGUGUCCACAGGCGAUAUGGACGAGGACGCCUAUGAGCCAGGAAACAGAUGGCACACCCUCGCCACCCUCAGCCUGCCCAUGCUGCACCCGCGCCAUUCCAAGUUUGCGCUGGGUGGUGCUAAUGAGUCGGCCUCGCCAUACAUCACAAGCAACGGCUGGUUGGGCCACUACACUUUUGCCAAGCGUGCGCAGAGGUGUGCCGUCCUCGUAGGCUUCCGUCCCAAGGAUGUUUUUGUGAGGGUCCUCCGCCGCCACCACUGCAUCGGGGCCGGGAGCACCUGGUGGGAUCUGCAGACCAAGCAUGAGUCACCCGUAUGCGACCAGCGAGACUUUUGGCCACAGGAGCGUGACAUUGAGAGGAUGAUUAUGCAUAACCCGGUUUACGACAGCAAGGCUAGGGGAAAAGCAAGGGCAUUCAUGAGCCUGUUGAAGAUCUCCCCAGGGAGGAGGAUGACCUGGGAGUCCCACUGA